UGUGCUGUGCUACACUAUGCUGUUUAGGUGAAUGGCACAUGUAGAAAACCAGACUUAAUGAAGGUGUUGUGGUUGUAUUUUGUAGAGAUUAGGAGAGUGGUUAAGCUAUGUGAAGACUAUUCUUGAAGCAUAUAGAAUACUAGUUAGCAUUGGCUUAAGUGCUGGUUUACAAUUUUUGAUAAAAUACCAAGCAAGCAUUCCUUCAUUCAUUCAAGCUCUGCUCUUAAUUGGAUUUAUUUUACUGUUUCUACUGGUUACUUAUUGUAUUAGCAGUUUUGAUGGACGAGUGUAUUGUGCAGUUGUAGCAGUUCCAUUUGUGAUAAUAUGGGUUAUUGCAUUUGAAAAUAGAGAUCCUUCUCCUGGAACUUGUUGGGAUUAUGUUCAAGACAGAAGUUUUGAGCUAUCUAACAGAAUUGACUUUGAAGAACACAUAGGAAUAGAUUCACUACGUUCUUCCAAACUUCUCAACAACUGGGAUUUGGACGAAAUAGGUGAAAUGAGGGCAAGCUGGACAGUGGACAAUACUCGUUGGUUGUUGACAAAACUUCUGCCUUGGACGGGCAAUCCAGGAUUCAUUGUGUUCUGUUGUUUACUACGUGAAAAGAACAAAUUGCCGAGAAUUGGAUGGGAAGUUUGUGAUGCUUGUGCAGAAUUUGAUUUUCAAAAGUGCAACAUGUCCAAGUCAGAAGCUCAUGCUUAUGUAAACAGAGAUCUUCCUUAUGAAACAUGUUGGGAUCUUAUUGUAUACAAAGGGCUUCAACUGUCCAAAAGCAUUAUCUUUGAAGAUCACAUAGGAGUAGAUCGACUACGUUCUAACAAACUUAUUGAUUACCAGGAUUCAAAGAAAAUAAUGAGUUUGAGGGCAAAGUGGACAGUUGAAGAUACUUACUGGUUGCUGACAGAAGUUCUUCCUUGGAAAGGCAAUUUAGGAUUCAUUAAGUUUUGUUGUUUACUACUUGCAAAGUACAAUAAUUUGCCAGACGGUGCAUGGAAAGUUUGUCAUGAUUGCGAGGAAUUUGACUUUAGAACAUGCAACAUCUCUCAAUCAGUGGUGUUUUUUGUUGACUCAUCUUGUGUGUCUGUGGUCAUUGGUAUACUAGAUGUUGACAUACUCAUUCAUAUGAAGUACUUGACUGACACAGAUCAUGAUCAGAAGAUCUCGCCAUCUCAAGUUGUUCAUAAUGCAUCAAUUGUCUGCGUUGAUAAAAACAUCACUGCUACUCUAAUUCUGAAUAUUGAUAAAAAGUACAUUGACGAAGAUGCAUUUCAAAGGAACAUAGCUCGGCAACUGAAAGUUGAUCGUUCUGAGGUACAGUUAGUUUCUUGGAAAAGAAAUAGCACAUGGAUGUUGCUACGUCUCUCAGUCAGAGCUGGAUUACGACUUGUGGAGACGUUUAGUAAGGAAGAGUCUAGAAAUCAAUUUGGUCAAAUGAUAGGAAAGACAUUGUGUGCAAAUUCAGCAAGAAAUGUCUCUAUUCAGGUGAAGAUAGGUGAUUUGCCACCCUCUACAAUACAUGUUACUCCUACUGGAAUUUUUCCAAUCAAAUUCGCUAAUGACACCUCUCCAUUAAUUAAGUUUAAUCAGAGAACAUUAGGAGCAGUUUGUUUGGUGUUGUUGUUGGGUGUACCAAUAAGUAUUUACUUACUUUCAUCAUCUGCCUUAGCAAGUGGCAAGCUUGAGGUUGAACAAGAGCAUAAACUUGAUUCAAGUGUUAUUCACAGCACAGGAGCAACAAUGAAAAGUUUCAAAAUUAAUCAAAUGGUCCAGUUGCCACUGUCGACAAUUGCUCUACAAUUAAGAAAUGUGAGGGAACAAGUACGUCACUUGUUUUAUGUGCUUGAUGGUUUAGAUGAUGAACUAAAGGAGCGUAAAAGUCAGGUCAGUGACAUUGAUGAAAGACUUCAGAACAGAAGAAAAAUGAAUAAACAGAACAGGAAAACAUUAGAUGAACUUACAAGUGAUAACUCAUUACCGGCAGUCAAGGAUGUGACACCGAAUGAUAUGUCUGUUGCUACUUGCUUUGCAAGGAUGAAAUGGAAAGAGAACGCUACUCAAGCACACAUGAUUAAACAGUUGAGUGUAGUGAAAAGUUCUCAAGAGCGGAUAGAGUUGAAGUUAUCACAGACAUCGCAGUUGUCACCAUUAACGGCAUACACAUUGAUAGAAAGAUUGCAAAGAAGAGUCGAUAAUCUCAAGCUUGUAAUGAAAAAGAGCAAAAACAAAAGACCAGAGGAAUCAGAUAAUGUUUUGCCAAGUGCUAUUGAUAGUCUCGGUCCUAUUGUUAAGGUUGAGUAUGAAGUAGCUGUGAAAAAGGGGAAGUUGCCAAUAAUGCGAGGGAACAUUGACUUGUUUGGUGAAGAAGAUGCCAUUGCAAUGCCAGUUGCCUGCUUUACUGGUGAAGGCAAUGAAGUAGCUAGCGAUGAAGCAAUUCAGGAAGUCGCGUGUGUUCAACGACAAAGACCACUAGCUAGACAUCAAAGUCAAGUGGAAAUGAACGACUUCCCUAGCGACUGGGAAUGUGAAGAGCAAAGUGGAGAGAUGGACGAGCCAACAGAAUUGCUAAGUUUUUCACAAGACUCACGCGAUCACGUUGACACUGCAGUGUCAGUUGCUAACUUUGUUGAUGAAGGCGUUGAAGUAGAGGCUAGCGAUGAAGCAAUUCAGGAAGUCACGUGUGUUCAACAACAAAGACCAGUAUCCACUAGAAAUAUCAUUUCACCUGAAGGAAAUGUGGUUGCUGAGAACAGUGCUCUUAAAGACGAGAACAGUGCUCUGAAAACAGACACACUCAUGCAUGAUAAUGAAUAUACAUCUAUGUUGCGGGGUGUACAUGUGGAGAAAGCCUUGCGGGAUUAUCAGAAGGCUUUUACAACAUGUCAAGAGCAUGUUACUGAGGAGAAGCAAGAACUACAACAACAUUAUGAGAACAAGUUGAAGCAACAACGACAACAUUAUGAGAACAAGUUGAAGCAACAACUAGAACAUUAUGAGAACGAGUUGAAGCAACACCAACAACAACAACAGCAACAACAUUAUGAGAACAAGUUGCCUCUUGCACAAGAAACUGAGCAAUACCUUAAUAAUGAAGUGGAGGUGCUACCUAAACAGCUGGUGUCUGUUGAGAAUAGGUAUUGUUUACAAUCAGAGGCAAUGGAGAAGAAAGAUAGUGAAGAAGAAGCAAAACCAGUGGCAGAAGAACAAGAAUGUAGUGGAAAAACAGAAUUGAAGAACAAGCCGCUAAAAUUACGUCGGGAAUAUGAUAGCUCAAAACCAAAUAAAGGCCCAGAAUCGAUGUUGGAACUUACAGAAAGUAAACACACUUUAAGUGAGGAUGCAGCUGCAAGAAAUAGUCUGCAAGCAGACAGUGGAUAUAAUGGCUGUAAAUCAUCACAGACAAUGGAUCUUGCGCUGUUACCUGCAGACAUGCAACAAAACAAUGGAGCAGUGGCAGGUUCCUUUAGCGUGUAGUUCACUCCCUAACAGACUGAAGGGUGAACAACCAGAGCAAAAUCAUGAACUGAAGUCAGAGUAGGAGACCUGAACUGACAACAGAGGAAUUGAUGCGCAAUUUUUAUCGCUUUUUUGAUUUAUUUUAGUGAUACAGUUUGUAGCAUGGGUAGGUGUGUGUGUGUGUGUGUGUGUGUGUGUGUGUGUGUGUGUGUGUGUGUGUGUGUGUGUGUGUGUGUGUGACAGGUCAUGGUUU